AUGGCGGACUUGGAGAACAUGCUUCUGGAGGCAGCUGGAAGAACCAGCUCCCCGCACAGAAAGCGCCACAAUAGUAAUAGUACUAGUAGUAAGCCGCGAAACCAGAAAUCCAAACGAGGAGAUGAUGCUGGAAGUGAGUCCAGAGGGGAAGACUCCGACGCCGAGGGCGGCGGAGCAAGCAAGAAGAAGCCGCCAUCGUCAUCAAGGAACAUUCCUCUCAAGAAGAGGUUGGACCUCACCAAAACUGAGAGGGAAUUAGGCCAUGAAGGAGAGCUGUUGGAGGAGGAUGAUGAUGAUGAUGAUGAUGAAGAUGAAGAAUCUGAUGUUGGCAGUGAUCUCUACAAGAAUGAAGAUGACAAGCAGAGGCUAGCAAACAUGACCGAGCUCGAAAGAGAGAUGAUACUCUCCGAUCGAGCUGCCAAAAAAGGCGAAAAGGAGUUCAAAGAACAAUUAAGAAUGAAAAGGGACACCAACAACAAUGCUACUUCAAAGAACAUGAUCAAUCAUCAAUCACCUCUUCCACCACCACCACCACCAUCAUCUUCCUCCAAGGUUCGCUCCUCCACCAGACACGCCGAGAGGACCGCCGCCAAAGGCGAUGUCUUAAGCGAGUUGCGAGCCAAGAGGAUGAAGCAGCAAGUGGUAGACACUCACCAUGGAAAACCAUCAUCAUCAAGCACCAAUAAGGGGAUUCCAAUGAAGAAGAAAGCAGCAACUACUUCAAGUAGCUCAAGCCAGAGCGAGAGCGGUGACAGUGAUAGAGAUUCCUCUGAAGGGUUGGCUGAUAGUGACGAUGACGAUGACAAGAAUAUGUUGAGAGAAUCAAACAUGCCAACGUUUGAAGAAAUCAAGGAAAUCACCAUUAGGAGAUCGAGGCUUGUGAAGUGGCUGAAUGAACCAUUCUUUGAAGAGUUAAUUGUUGGGUGCUUUGUUAGAAUUGGGAUUGGAAAAUCAGAGAGUGGAGCUGUUUACAGACUCUGCAUGGUUCAGAGUGUUGAUGGUGGCGAUCCAAAUAGGCACUACAAGGUUGAGAACAGAAUCACUCACAAGUACCUUGUUUGUGUUUGGGGAAGUGAAAGCUCUGCCAAGAGGUUCCAAAUGGCUGUGGUUUCGGAUUCUUCGCCAUUGGAGAAAGAGUUCAGGCAAUGGGUUAGGGAAAUUGAGAGAAGUUGCAGCCAAAUGCCGAGUAAGGCGAGUGUUUUGGACAAGAGAGAGGCCAUUAGAAGAACGAAUAACUAUGUCUACUCUGCAGCCACUGUGAAGCAGAUGCUGGAGGAGAAGAAAGCCGCGCCUACUCGGCCGCUUAAUGUCGCGGUUGAGAAGGACAAGCUGAAGAGGCUGAUGGAGGUAGCAAAGAGCAAGAACGAUGAGGCCGAGGUGCAGAGGAUCUGCGCCAAGCUCCUGGAAUUGGACGCGGCACGCGAAGCCAGGGAUAAUGACAGCAGGGCUAAAAGAUUAGCUGAGAUGAACAGAAAGAACAAGGUUGAUAAUUUCAAGAACUUGUCUGAGCAUAGGAAUUUGCAGGUGAAUUUGAAAUUGGGUGAGGCAGGGUAUGAUCCAUUCUCUAGGAGGUGGACAAGGUCUAGGAAUUACUACAAUGCAGACGGGAAAGAGAUUAAACAAGAAGAGAGUCAUCAAGUUAGUAAUAAUAGAGAGAAGCAUGAAACUAAGGUUGAAGAACCAAGUGUGUCAGCAGGUAAUGCUGUUGGGUUUAAAGCCACAGAAGCAGCACUGGAAGCUGCUGCAAGUGCAGGGAAAUUGGUGGAUACUUUGGCUCCGGUGGAUUGUGGAACAGAAUCAAACAUGAUGCAUGAUUUUGAGUUGCCGAUUUCACUGGCUGAACUUAAGGAUUUGGGCGGACCACAGGGAUUGAAGAAUGGGUUCUUGGCAAGGAAACAGAAGAUAGAAGCAACGGUUGGGUUGCAGGUGCCUGAAAACGAUGGAGGUAGGCAUGCUCUCACAUUAACUAUCAGCGACUACAAGAGAAGAAGAGGGCUGUUGUAG